AGUCCUUCAUCAUACUCCAAUCCAGGAAAUGCGUUUCCAAGUCUCGCUGUCACAAACACGAAAAUGGCACCCAACAGGAAUAACAAGCUUUCUAGAGCACGUUUAAUUUCACCCAGAUAGUUAAGUUAAAGUAUUAUGCGUCUCGGAUAGAAAAAAAAAAGCAGGUUUUGUAAAGCUCAGCUGUAGUGACGGUUAAUAUGCAUUACUGUUGUGUGGUUUAUUCUCGCGUGUGAAAGCCUGAGCCGCGAGUAAAACCUCGGGAAUGGCGAGAGGGACGCGCUCGUCUUCGGAUGUGGAGUACAGCGCGGUGGGAGAGGGGCUCGGGAUGCGGGAGUUCUGGCUCUAUGUGUGGCUGCGCAGAGCCGCUGUGCUCGCUGCUCACAUCAUCUCACUGGGCCUGGUCGUUCUCGCAUCCAUACUGUCCAGACCAGGAACAAGUCUCUUCUCAUGGCACCCUGUCUGCAUGUCACUUGGGUACUGUUUGUGCAUGACAGAAGGGAUCCUGCUUUUCUCCGCCGAUGGCAGCCUGUUCUGCUUCAAAUCGCGUAAGUGGAAGGUCCGCCUGCACUGGUUCAUCCAGGCUCUGCUGCUGGUGUGUGGAGCCACUGGAUUCUGCUUCAUGGUGGCCAGCAAGAACAUAAAAGAGCACCCUCACUUCACUUCCUGGCACAGCCUGCUGGGAGUCGCUACGAUGGUCGCUACCAUAUUGCAGGCGAUCUGUGGCGUCUUCCUCCUCUUCCCCAAACUCGUCAGCACUCGCUCUUUUCCUCGGUUGAGACUGUAUCACGCCACCUGUGGUCUGGUGGCCUACUUGCUGGCCACCGUCACUGUCAUGUCAGCCAUGUUUUCUGACUGGUUUCAAGCAUCGGUGACAGGUAAAAUCUGGUAUAUAUUCCUCCUCCUCCCACUUUUUCCUGCCUUAGUGGUGAUGAACCAAAUCACUAGUGCCUUCCUGCCCAAAAAGAAGAUUACUAGCUGAAAACUAAAGCCUGGAAUUAGAGCGUAUUUAUCUGGACUGUAGUAGGCUUUGAUGAUAACAACACUUUUUGAUAUUUUAAGUGAUGUGCACUCAAAUUACAUUUUGGUUUUGUUCCGAAUAGCACACUUUAUUUGCAGUCUUUUAAAGGUAGAGAUGGAAAUAUUCAUUUCUACAUAAAAUGGGAAACACUAAACAUACAUCCAGGCCAGAAGGUGUCAGUUUAAAGUCCAAGAGCGCUACUGUAUUUUAAGAGAACAAAUUAGAGCCAGCUAAAAGUUGAUUUAAGUAGGUACUAGGCCUAUAGCUGUUUUUGCACACUGGGAAGUAAUUGCAUUUUGAAAAAAAACGAAAGAGAAUAGUUCAAUAGUUCAGAAAGAAAAUUGUGUCAUUAAUUACUUCCCCUAAAGGCCCCGAUAUACUUCAAACGAAAUAGAAGUACGAACUGAAAUUUUAAUUUCGAACAAAAUCAGGCCAAAGAGAAGUUUGAAGCUUCAGUGAGUCGGUUCAAACCGGCUAAACAAACUUUUUAGGGUUUCUUUGACUCAUUCGGGCAAGGGAGCAGCAUCUCCAAGUCACUAAAUACUAUAUCUAAAAUUCAGUGAAUGCAGUUCAUUUCUACAAAGAAAUUACAAAGAAGCUUGUGUCAAUGACCCGGAGUUAUGCAAAAAAGCAACACAGAAACAUCAGAUGCAAGUUUUCCAAAACCAUGAAAUGAAUUAACGGAAAGGUAGCAAGCAAAUAUUACACCAUACUGCUGCUGCUGUUUACAUUACUCUAAACCCCGCCUCCAUGUUCGGGAACAGUAUACUGUCACUCAGCCUUUUCAAACAUCUUUUUGCCCUCAAACAAAGAACUUCAUCUGAAGGCCUUUGAUAUUUUUGAUGAAAUCCAAAGGUUUGCUGACAGCAGUGUAACUGAAAUGUUCCCUGACCAAGGUAGUGAGGACAGUCCACAUGACAUCAGUGGUUCAACUGUAAUUUUACUAGGAUACAAGAAUGCUUUUUGUGUGCAAAAGUAAACACUUUAUUCAGUGACUUUCUGGACCUGGGAACAUUUCAGUGGUGUCGUUGUCCAUGCAGGGUUAGGAAGCUCUCGGAUUUCAUCAGAACUGUCUUACGACCUGAGGCUGACUUUGAGGCUGUUGUCACUUCAAAGAAGUAAAUAUCCUGUUAAUGAUUUCAUGAUCCAGCGAGUCCUUGUGAUUUCUUGUGAAACCUCAGGUAAUUUAUUGAAGAGUCUACCUGGGAUUGAAUUUUUCAGUUGCUCUUGUCCCAUCGCCUAUGCACUAAAAACUAUAGUUGCAUUUUGCAUAUUUUCAGUAUUUACGUAAUGUAAAAAAUGUAAGUUGACUAAUGAUAUUUUGUUUUCGACAACAUGUUUGAACAUUGGAAAAUGAGUAAUUCUAUAUUCAUAUGUUUUUGAACUUAAUACAAGCAACUGGCAGUUUUGCACAGUGGAUGAACUGAAAGCAGUUUUUUGGUGUUAUGUUACUACGCACUGCUGAAUAGGAGCCUUGCAGAGCUCUAGGAAAAUGAACAUUUGCAUUGCAUAUGCUUAUUGUAUUAUAGGAAACUUGGUAAUGCUAUAUGCACUAUCACAUUCUUCUCUUCUCUUUUUUUGAGUGCUGUAGUUUUGUUUAUGUUGCAGUAUUGGAUGUGCCUUCAUCUAUAUAACUGUCCGUAUGAUACUGACGUAAGCAACAGGACAUAAUCCACAGUUUUUUCUUUGUCUGGAUUAGGAAUGCAAGGAGAAAUUGACCAUACCCGUAUUCAUUUGUAUUAUGUCUCAUAACAAGCUUGCGCGCGUGUGUGUGUAUUUUUAUAGUAGUUUGUCCAAAAAUGAAAAUUUGCUAAAAAAUGUACUUGCCCUUAGGCCAACCAAGACGUAGUUACUUUGGUUUCUCCAUCAGAACAGAUUCGGAGAAAUGUAGCAUUACAUCACUUGUGCAUCCAUGAUAAAUGCAUCAAAAUAAUCACUCACCUACAUCUUGGGUGGCCUGACGAGGAGUACAUUUUCAGUUUACUUUUAUUUGGAUAUUAUAUUGUGCAUAUCGAAUCUGGACAGAAAAAUAAGCAAAUUAAUGUGCACACCUGUUGCUUUAAAGCUUUAUUUGUAAAGUCAGAAACGAUACUUCUUUGCAUUAUGUGGCACAUUAUGACUAGUUAUCAUUUGUUUGUGUCGUGUUUAUUUAUGCCUGUAUUCUUUUUCUACUGAAUACUGUUACGAUGUUUAUGUGCAGUGGACUGAAUUGUGAUGAUUUGCAGUUUAAUCCAGAGUGCUUACUGCAUUGAUUCAAUAUCAAGUUCCUAUUGAGUGUACAGAUAUUUGUUCGUGUAACUCAGAUUUUAAGAUAUGAAAGCUACACACUUAUGAAUGUAAAAAAACAACGACUCAGGGUGAUAUAUAUUUUUGACUAUUUUACUCUAUACUGUAUGAGAAGUAUUUGAAGGUUGGUGUGGUCUAUGAUACGAACGGUGCAUAAUUGUUUUUACUCAAUGCUUUGUGAAUUUCUAUCAAAUAAACAUAUCAUUUUCAAAAAUGUUA